AUGACCAGAAGAAUUGUGCGCACCAGCAUUCAGCUUGGUGUUUUAAUGUCGGUUGUAUUAUUUCUCGUCAUCUUCCUCGACAACCGAUAUCGAGUUCUCCCGACCGCGAUCCACAAUCAUCUGCCAGCGCACCACCCAGGCUUCGUGGUUACGGACGUGACUGUCGUGACCUGCUCGUCGCUCAAUCCAUUCAGUCGAUGCACGCUCGACUCGGACCACUGGCAUCGAAUCGAGAAAGAUCUAUAUCUAGGCAGUGGGUACGUUUCGAAGGCGUACCUGCAUGUCCAGAGAAAACGCGAAGACGAUCUAGAGCCGCACGAAGAGGUGGUUCACGACAUACGAAUAGGUCGCCUGCAGCCAACAUCUACCGAUACUCAAUCGACCGACGAGAGAUGGGAGUCACGCCCAGCCGGAUUAUGGAUCAAGAAGUCGCCUAAACGGACUGAUCCGAGUAAACUGGUGACAGGAGUUGACGUUCUCUUUGGGGCGGAUGCCGUUGACCCCCGGACGAACUGGCAGGUGCAGGAUCGGGGCCUCUUCAUUGAUAAUAAUGGAGACAACCCCGAGCCCCGGCUCACUGUGAGGAAAGGACCGGCCAUCAAAGUCGAGAAACCGGUGCCCCGAAUCAGGAAGGAUGGCAAGUUCAAGAUCAUGCAGGCAGCCGACCUCCACCUCUCUACCGGGCUAGGAAAAUGUCGAGAUGCAUUGCCGAAAGGACAGCCAUGCGAGGCGGAUCCGCGCACCCUAGAGUUUGUGGAACGAUUGAUCGACGACGAGAACCCAGACUUUGUGGUUCUGACCGGCGAUCAAGUCAACGGCGACACCGCGCCAGACGCACAAACCGCAAUCUUCAAGUACUCGGAAAUGUUUGCCAAGCACAAGAUCCCGUACGCCGGCAUUUUCGGCAAUCAUGAUGAUGAAGGAAAUCUGGAUCGUGCCGAAUCCAUGGCCAUCAUGGACGGCCUCCCAUAUUCACUUUCUACAGCGGGACCCGAAGACGUCGAGGGCGUUGGGAAUUAUGUCGUUGAGAUCCUCGGUCGCGGUUCGACAUCUCACUCGGCUCUGACGUUGUACAUGCUCGACACGCACUCAUAUUCGCCCGAUGAGCGGCAGUAUCGCGGUUAUGACUGGCUCAAGAAAUCUCAGAUCGAGUGGUUCAAAUCUACUUCCAGUCGCUGA